AUGGGUGCUCAAUGUUCCUUCGCGGUAUCAGUUUGCAGACAUUUUCACGAAAGGCCUUCUAGUCUUAAUGAACUUUCCAUCAAACUUGUGGAGAUAAGGAAAGUUGAAACUCAUGAACGGAUCUUCUUGCUUUUGAAGUUGGUGUUGACUCUCCCUGUUGCAAUGGAAAGUGUAGAAAGAGUAUUUUCUGGAAUGACGCAAUUGGGGUUCGGGCUUAGUGUUGAGAGGGCUGACAAUAGGAGGUACACAGCAGUGUGUGCAGUGGAGUCAUAUGACUGGAGGAUACAUGCCAGUAGGUUGUUUGACAAUGUUAGCUGGGCAAUUAAGGUGAUCAAUGGGUCCCACAGAACUUGUGGGAGACUUGAAGAGAAUCCAAUGGUGACCUCUGAGUGGUUGUCUAAGCACAUGUUGGGGGAAAUAGAGGCCAAUCCAGAGAUUCCAGUGGAGACAUUGAGGAGGUAUGCACAGGAGAAGUUUCAGUUGAGGGUGAAGAAGAGGUUAUUGUACAAGGUUAGGAGUAUGGCCAAGGAGAAGUUGCAUGGUGGUUGGGCUGAAGCAUAUGAGUUGCUGCCUAGAUAUGCCGAGAUGAUUAAGCAAACAAACCCAGGGAGUUAUGCACUUAUAACAUGGGGGGCCAGUAGUGGGGAUGUGAACCCUAAAUUCAGAGCUUGCUUCUUCUCUUUUGCUGCACAAGUCAGAGGGAUUCUAAGGGGUUGUAGGCCCAUAAUUAGAAUAGAUGGGGAUCAUUUAAGUGGUUUCUACAAGGCCAUUCUACUGACAGCAGUUGGCAUAGAUGGGAACAAUGAAAUAUUUGUUCUAGCCUAUGGGCUAGUAGACACUGAGAGCUGUGACAGUUGGACCUACUUCAUGAGAUGCUUGAGGCAAAUGUUUGAGCAGGAGGGUUGCAACAGAGAUGAUUGGACCUUCAUCAGUGAUAGGAAGAAGGGUGUUGAGUUGGCAGUUAGAGAAACUUUUCCUAGAGCAACUAGGAGAGUUUGCUGCCAACACCUAUACAUGAAUUGUAAGAACAAUGGCUUCAGUGGAUCUGCAUUCCACAAGCUCUUUUGGAUAGCUUCUAAUGCAUACAAUAUUGUGUUUGGUAAGGCCAUGGUGAAGAUCACUGAGUAUAAUGCAAAUGACACUGCAUACUUGAACAGCUGCAUUAAGCAGUAG